UCGUCAAGGGGGAUGCCUUUCAAAUGAGUUUACAAAGCUGAGGCAUUGACCCAAGUUCUACAACUUUCAACUCACUUAAUAACUCUUUGCUUACUUUUAAGUUGAUUUCAAGUCUUUAAAGAUCUCUUGUUUGAGGAUAAGUGGUGCUCGAUACCUUUUAGAGGAGAGAAGCGCGUAUUGAAACAUUCCAAAUUGGAUUAUGGUUUCUGUUUCUCGACUUUCAGUUGAGAAAACCCGACUCGUGAUGGUUGUCCUGUCACUUAAGUUGCUAAUUAUAGGAGCUGUAGUAAGUUUGACUUCAGCCGAUUUGGCUGGUGAAAUAAUUGAUACAGAAGACUUAUUGAAAAGUCGUUUGAAAGAGUAUGGCCUGAUUACCCCCAUCAGCACCGACGCAGAGGGACACUAUCUCUCGCAUCUCCUUUCAGCCAAUCACAAGCAGCGUGUGAAGCGGGAGGUUUUGGAAGGGUCAGCUCAAGCUUUAGAGAAGCUGUUCUUUAACAUCACUGUGUUUGGCCAGGAAUUCCACCUCCGACUACAUCCCAAUCACCGACUAGUGGCUCCAGGAGCCAUGGUGGAAUGGCACGAUGAGAUCAAACCUGGAAACGUGACUCAGAACGGAACCGUCUCAGAGAGAAUACUUAGAAGGGAGUUGCUGAAAACAGACUGCACUUUUAUUGGGGACAUCACGGAUGUGCCUGGAGCUUCUAUCGCUAUUAACAACUGUGAUGGACUGGCUGGUAUGAUUCGGACUAAUUCUGAUGAGUACUUCAUUGAACCUCUGGAGCGAGGAACACAAGAACAUGAGGAGAGAGGAAGAGUACAUGUGGUGUACCGAAGGUCUGCAGUAUUGCAAGCUCCUUCAGACAUCUCCUUGGAUUACCAGCUGAAUGAGCCUGAAUUAGAUCUGCCAAGAGUGCUGGACAAUGUUGCUAAACAAGUCAACCGGACAGGCAGGACACGAAGACAUGCUAGUGAUGAUGACUACAACAUUGAGGUUCUGCUUGGAGUAGAUGAUUCUGUUGUCCGUUUCCAUGGGAAAGAGCAUGUGCAGAAUUAUCUCCUCACCCUCAUGAACAUUGUGAAUGAGAUCUACCAUGAUGAGUCAUUAGGUGUGCACAUUAAUGUUGUCCUUGUGAGGAUGAUCAUGCUGGGCUAUGCCAAGUCAAUCAGUCUUAUUGAGCGUGGCAACCCUUCACGAAGCCUGGAGAACGUGUGCCGCUGGGCCUUCGUCCAACAAAAAGAGGAUCCAGAGCACUCAGAGCAUCACGACCAUGCCAUCUUCCUGACACGGCAAGGCUUUGGCCCCACUGGCAUGCAGGGAUAUGCCCCUGUCACCGGGAUGUGCCACUCUGUCCGCAGCUGCACCCUCAAUCAUGAAGAUGGCUUCUCUUCUGCCUUUGUAGUAGCCCAUGAGACAGGACAUGUGCUGGGAAUGGAGCAUGACGGUCAGGGCAACCGCUGUGGAGAUGAGACAGCCAUGGGAAGUGUGAUGGCUCCUCUGGUGCAAGCAGCCUUCCAUCGCUACCACUGGUCAAUGUGCAGUGGGCAAGAACUGAAGAGAUACAUCCAGUCAUACGAUUGCCUGCUGGAUGACCCCUUUAAACAUGACUGGCCCCAGCUUCCUGAACUUCCUGGCAUCAAUUACUCCAUGGAUGAGCAGUGUCGUUUCGAUUUUGGAGUUGGAUACAAAAUCUGUACUUCAUUUCGCACAUUUGAUCCAUGUAAACAGCUGUGGUGCAGUCAUCCAGAUAACCCAUACUUCUGCAAAACCAAAAAGGGGCCUCCAUUGGAUGGAACAGAAUGUGCACCUGGGAAGUGGUGCUACAAAGGUCACUGCAUGUGGAAGAAUGCCAACCAAGUGAAGCAAGAUGGAGCCUGGGGUGCUUGGAGCAAGUAUGGUUCCUGCUCUCGCUCCUGCGGGAAAGGUGUGCGUUUCAGAACCCGUCAGUGCAACAACCCAGUUCCAUCUAAUGGAGGUCAGGACUGCCCAGGGGUGAACUAUGAGUACCAGCUGUGUAACACAGAUGAUUGCCCUAAACACUUUGAGGACUUCAGAGCUCAGCAGUGUCAACUUCGCAACUCCCACUUUGAAUACCAGAAUGCCAAACACCACUGGCUUCCCUAUGAGCACCCAGACGCCUACAAAAGAUGUCACCUAUAUUGCCAAUCAAAAGAAACAGGUGACGUGGCCUACAUGAAGCAGCUUGUGCAUGAUGGGACAAGGUGCUCUUACAAAGACCCGUAUAGCAUCUGUGUGCGUGGAGAGUGUGUGAAAGUGGGCUGUGACAGGGAAAUUGGUUCCAGUAAGGUGGAGGAUAAGUGUGGUGUGUGUGGUGGUGACAACUCCCACUGCCGAACUGUGAAAGGAACCUUCACCCGAACACCCAAGAAAGCUGGUUACCUAAAGAUGUUUCUCAUUCCCCCUGGGGCUAGACAUGUGAUCAUACAAGAACAUGAGGCUUCUCCUCAAAUUCUUGCUAUCAAGAACCAGGCAACAGGACAUUACAUUCUAAACGGCAAAGGGGAUGAGGCAAGGUCUCGGCGUUUCAUUGAUAUGGGAGUGGAGUGGGACUACCUCAUAGAGGAUGAUUCCGAGACUCUCCACACUGAUGGUCCACUACAUGAUGCAAUUGUUGUUCUGAUCAUACCUAAGGACAACGAGACAAGGUCCACACUAAUGUACAAAUACAUCAUUCACGAAGACUCAGUGCCCAUAAACAACAACAACGUCAUUCAGGAGGACAUGUAUGAGUGGGCACUAAAGAGCUGGUCCCAGUGUUCAAGACCUUGUGCUGGAGGAUUCCAGUACACCAAAUAUGGGUGCCGUAAAAAAGGUGACAGCAAAAUGGUGCACAGAGGCUACUGUGACAUUAGCAAGAAACCCAAACCCAUUCGCAGAAUGUGUAACUUGCAGGACUGUACGCAACCACAAUGGAUCACAGAGGAGUGGGAGUACUGUACUAAAACCUGUGGGAGUUUGGGGUACCAGAUCCGCACCGUACGCUGUGUGCAGUUCCUUCAUGAAGGCACAAACCGCUCCAUUCAUAGCAAGUACUGCAGUGGAGAAAAGCCUGAAAUCAGGAGACCAUGCAACAGAGUGCCCUGCCCAGCCCAGUGGAGGACCGGGGCAUGGUCAGAGUGUUCAGUGACUUGUGGAGAGGGUGUGGCACGACGCCUGGUCACAUGUCGCAUUGGCGAUCAAUGCACUGGUGAGAAGCCAGAGUCCCACAGGCCCUGCAAGCCAGGACCCUGCCAUGAUGAGCCAUGCGGUGGAGACAAGUCCAUCUUCUGUCAAAUGGAGGUUCUAGCUCGUUACUGUUCUAUACCAGGCUACAACAAGCUCUGUUGUGAAUCCUGCAGUAAGAGAAGUGGCACAUUUACUCCUCUUCUGCACGAAGCUGCUGAGACGGAGGAGGAAGUUCGCUUCGGUUCAGCCUCCCAACUCCUGGAGACACUUUCAACCUCAGUUAAUGGAACGAUGAAAGUUCCUUACCAGAAUCAGCAGGGAUCCUUGUCACAAGGCCGACUUAUCAAGCAGACCCGCACACCCCCACCUCGUAAAGCCAAUUCUGAGAACAGCAAGACUCAAAAGUGCCUCAAACCUGGCACUAGGAACCUGCCUGCAAUGUCGAUGCAUAGCCCAUGGAAUGAGAAAGCCGCUAAACGCACACCUUGGCUGUUAGAAAGUUUUCAGGAGAGUCAGUGGCCAGCAGCAUUAUCCGAGAAAACAAGCUGAGGAUAAAAUAUGAGAUUCAGGAUCAUUAUUGGUGCUUUUUAUAUUAAGCAGUCAUUCUUAAGAACACUUUAAUAACAUGUUAGGAAAUUUACUAUCAAGUAAAGCACUGAAGAAAAUGUUUUUCAGAAAGGUGUGAGCAAUAGAAAAAACAUCAAGAAUUCUACAUCUGAGAAAUAGAAUAAAAAUAACAAAAUCUUUACUUUUAGUUUGAAAAGUGUUUCAUUUCUUGAAUCAACCUCUCAACCAUUCAUCAAUCAAAUGAAUUCUGGUAGACUGUGAAAACUGUCACUUUUUUGUUUUCCUCCUAAUGUCUUUUUUAAAUGUGUUUAUAAAGAACUUGUUUUCCCAUACAUUGUUGGUCAUAGUUGAGGCCUCUCUUAGAUGAUUGCUUUUUUUUAUUUUAUUUUAUUUUUAUUUUUUAUUUUUUUUUAUCUUGUCUUAUUGUAUUGUCCUCUGUAGCCAGAACUUUUAGCCAACAAAGAAAAACUGUCAACACCAUGCCGACACGGCUUUUUCAGUGAUGGAGGAGAUCCAUCAUAUGUAUUGUGAGAUUAAUUGGAUGUUUAAGGCUAGAUUUUGAAGGAGUAAAGCUGGGCUUUCUGAGGAUCUUAUACUGUAAGACUCUGCACGAGAUAUCUCACUUGUCUGAAGGAGGAGAAAGCUAUUUAUUUUUGUAAACGAGCGUUUUAUCUCAACCACAAUGCAUCGACUGCAAUACCAAGGAAACCAGUUAAUCUAACAGUGGACUUCAGCUGUUCAAAACCAUACAUGUGUUCGCCUGUGUGGCAUUGUAUAGCUUUUGUAUAUACCAUUGGGAACUUUAGAGUAUUUAUUAAGAUUUAAAGUUCGAAGUCAUGUUGCCCAGUGUGUGCAACCAUAUCUGUUAUUUCAAACCAAACAAAUAAAUUCAAACUCGCAUUCUGUUUAUACAUGUAGACUGAAGCUUCCACUGAAUAGCAACAGUAGCUCACAAAAGUAAAUACAUGUAAACAAACAAUUAAAUCAAUAAAAGUAGACCUUUUGUUGUCAUUUAAACUGGCAUUUUAGAUACAACAAUAAAACACAUACUCACUUUUUGAGAUGAUAUAAUAAAGGAAAGCUGUUACACAACAGUUUUAGAAUAGAAGUAUUGUAGAGAAAUUUCGAAACAAAGCUGUCAGUAACAGCGGUUCAUUUUGUCCUACACCCACAAAUCCUACACGAAACUGUGUUUUACGGUUAAUUUGUAGCUUUAACUAGUAACAAAUGACAAAAUUAUUGUGGAUUUUGACCUUCUAGAGUAGACAAUAGUCAUAUCUUCAUAUGGUAUCAGUUGUCUUUGUAGACGUCAUUCAAUUCAUGAAAGCUGAGGUGAACAGUGUGUGUGCAUCACAAAACAAGUUUUAAUUUUAUCAUUGUCCACUAUCUGCCAAUGAGGAAUUCGCUGCUAAUAAUAUUGACCAGCUUUCAGAAACCCAAAUGAAUGCAAGUGUAAGAAGAUGGUAAAUUGACAAUCCCUGAGCCACAGACAGACAUUACAUACAGUAUAUAAAAGAAAAAGUGCAUUUAUCCCCACAUUUUCAUGUCCAUUUAAGUAUUAAUUAAUAUUCUGGCUUACAAAGUCACUUUCAGUUGAUAACUGCUUGCAGUCAUUUCUUUUUGUUUUAAUUUGUACUUUUGUUAGUUGUAAUGGAAGUGUACACUACUGAGGCUGUUUGUUAUAAUGGGGAGCACAUAGCAAUAAAGAACAUAAUAAAAAUCGUGCUCUCUCGAGUACAACUUUUUAGUUUGCUUUAUUGUUUCAUUAAAUGUGAACUAAUUUGCAUGUCCUUUUUCACUUUUAUGCUC